AUGAUAAUGGUGACUGCUGUGGGGAUCAAUACUGAAUGGGGAUUUUUGAUGGCCAGUAUAUCGGAAGGCAGUGGUGACUAUUAUGGUUGUUGCUGUACCAAUGGUCUUCCAUUAGCUGUUACAUUGAUUCUUGACUACUCAAUGAAGAAGAUAAUGGCAAACAAAGCAUUGGUGAGUAUUAUGGUUGUUGCUGUACCUAAAGGUCUUCCAUUGGUUGUUACAUUGAUUCUUGCCUACUCAAUGAAGAAGGUGAUGGAAGACAAAGCAUUGCUUCGGAGCGUAUCAACUUGUGAAACGAUUGGAUCUACCACUACCAUCUGCAACGAUAAAACUGGAACUCUAACAUUUAAUCAGGUAUCGGUUGUGGAAGCUCAUGUGGGUGGGGUAAAGCUAACUUCUCCAGAUGAUGGCCAAAAGUUAUCAUCUUCAGCAUAUUCUUUAUUGUUUGAAAGCUUUGCAUAGAAUGCCAGUGGUAAUGUGUAUGAG